GUCAGAUGAAAUUACCUGGCCAUGAAUAUCAAAAUCAAAAUCACAUUAGAAAAAAGCGGCGCCACCAAUAAUUGAUACACGUGUAACACAUUUAUUGGUUACCCCUUCCGCCUCCGAAUCUUGACUUGUGACUCUUCUUUUACCAUCAUCAUCAUCUCAAUCUUGAAAAAACUUUUUUCCCCAAAACUAUUUCACUAAUUUUCAAUUAGAUUUUAAUCCCGAAACAAUUAAUCCAAAUUCAGUUUAGUUUUAAUCCUUUAUAUUUCUUAUUUUUAAAUCGAAAUGGAUCAAUUUGAUUCAUUUCGAGAUGAUAAUUGGGACUUAAUUGAUAUCAAUAACUUCAUUGAUGACGUGCCGUCUGAUUUUUUCUGGAAUGAUCAAACCCAGAAUCUGAGAACUGUAGCAGAACUCGAGGCACCUCUCAGCGGUGCUGCAUUUCAGGAGUGUUUAGAAACAGAAUGCCCCAGGAAGAGAGGUCGUAACGAGUCUUGCAGCAAACAAGGGAACAAAGCUUGCCGUGAGAGAUUAAGAAGGGAAAAAUUGAAUGAAAGGUUUUCAGAGUUAUGUUCUGUUCUGGAACCCGGUAAACCUGUGAAAACAGACAAAAUGGCCAUACUUGGUGAUGCCAUUCGUGUUCUAAACCAGCUGAAGACUGAAUCUGAGGAAUACAAAGAGAUGAACCAAAAGCUUAUGGAAGAGAUCAAGAUGUUGAAGGCAGAGAAGAAUGAACUUCGUGAAGAGAAACUCGCACUGAAGGCAGACAAAGAGAGGAUGGAGCAAGAGUUGAAAGCUACGGCUGCUCCAGCAAGUUUUAUUCCACCUCAUCCAGCAGCAUUUCAGCCGGCAGUAAAUAAGAUGGCAGUUUUCCCUAGUUAUGGUUUUGUGCCAAUGUGGCAGUAUCUACCGCCAUCUUCGCGGGACACAUCUCAAGAUCAUCAGCUCAGGCCUCCUGCUGCUUGAGAAUCUUGCAAAUGAUGUAUGGCAUUUUCUCCCCCAUUCGUGUAAAUAGUGGCAACAAAUUAAUCUAUUUUUACUCUCUUAGUCAUCUUUGCCUCCUUUGGGUUUCCUCAUUUUCUCGAUAUUUAAUUUGAGGGAGGAACAUGUAUGGUAGAUAAUUUUAUCUAGAUGGAAUUGGAUUUGAUUGACA